AUGCACAAAUGGCUGGGUACGGUGCCCGACGCACUCAAGACCAAACGCAAAGACGGCACUGCCGCAUUCGCGACGGAGAACGUCUCUUUAGACAUCGAGCGUUUCGCACCCGAAUGGCUCCAACGCCAGCGCGUCCUUCUCGAACUUCUGUAUCAUAACCUAUCUAUGAACCUCUGUCGGCCUUUGAUCUGCUUCCCUACCUCAAAAGCGACGACCACGUCAAAUGCCGAUACCCUCGCAGCUAAGAGCGUCCACCACGUAAUGGCUUUCACCGCCAUCAUGUAUCAGAUGCUUAUCGAGACCCAGCCCCUGAAUGGCUGGCACGAGGCCUUCCAGUGGCAGUGGAACGCCGCCUUAUCGAUGGUCGGGUUCGCUUUAGCGUACCCUUUCUGUCCGAUCACCUCGACCGUCCGUGACGCUAUCGAUAUCGCUAUUGCUGUGUUUGAAAUCAUGGGGAAGAGCUUCGCCGUCGCGGCUAGCGCCGUGAACGUCACUCGGGACGUUACCGCGAAGGCGGACCUUUUGGUUCACCGUGCACACGGCGGGAAUACCACCGCGCGGGUGCUUUCACCUCCGGAGGAUCAUAGCCCGGGGGCGGCUCAGGGUGCUCAAUCAGCGGGGCUGUCUUUUGCUGGUCUCGACGCACAGGACCUCCCCGCCGGGUUGGACGAUUCGAUGGGGUUGGCGUUUACGGCCGAUUCGUUUACGAGUUUCGAGCCUGUUUAUGCUGGGAAUUUGUUUGAUAUGUGGAUCGUGCCGGAAUUGGAUUUUGACGGUCUAUAA